UUUUUUAUAGAGAGAGAAACCGCGUUUGUCUAAAGUCUCAAUCUCCAUGUGAGGAGGGAAAACAGAGAAAGAGAGGGAAAUAAUAAAUAAAAGUUAUUCUCUCUCUGCGCCAAGCGCCAAAAACUAUUCCGAGAAGAAUGUAAUGGCGGAGAGAAGAUGAAGAAGAAGAAGAAGUAGAUGUAGAAGCAAUCACUGCCUAAGUCCAUUGAAUUAGACGCUGAUAUCAUAUCCACUACGUUCAGUGUAUCUUGCUUGUUGUGCCCUUGGGAGUACUUUUAUGCUCAAACACAAACCAAUUACAGGGAUUUAGAGGCUUCUCCUACUCCUACAAGAAUAUCUCUAUCUGAUAAUGGGAACUCUGGCAGUUGAGACCGAGAGCAGUGUAGGUUCAGAUGUUGUCUACCUUUCUUUGGGGCUUAAAGGAUUAGGCAAAGGAGUUAUAAAACUACCCCGGGUCUUAUCACUUCUCUCCUCACUCCUUGAGAAAUCCGUACAAAUAAAUGAGUUGCAAUUGGAGGCAACAAAGGCUAAAGAAGUUCUUACCAUAUUUCACGGUCUAAGAGCACCUAGUUUAAGCAUUCGCCAGUAUGUUGAUCGCAUCUUCAAGUACUCCGGCUGCAGCCCCUCUUGCUUUGUUGUUGCAAACAUCUAUUUGGACAGAUUUCUCAAAAACACAGAGAUUCACUUAACAUCUCUCAACGUUCACAGGCUGCUAAUCACCGGUGUAAUGCUGGCAGCAAAAUUUAUGGAUGAUGCAUUCUUUAACAAUGCAUACUAUGCUAAAGUGGGAGGAGUAAGCACAUCUGAAUUAAACAGAUUGGAAAUGCGGUUCUUGUUCACUAUUGAUUUCAGACUUCAAGUAAAUGUAGAGACAUUUGGGAAAUAUUGUUCACAAUUAGAGAAAGAAGCUGUGGAAGAACUACAGAUUGAUAUUGAAAGGUUAAGGCCAUUCCAAGCCUGUGGAAUUAAAGAGGGUUGGUCAAACAAAGAUGAUUCUACUUGUGCUCCCACCAUUGCUAGAUGAUUAAGAAGACAGUGCUGAAGGCAUUUAAAUUAAAUGUAUCAUCAUUUAGAUCUAGAGAGUUCGAUUGUUUCAAUGACGUGCCACGUUUGGAACUUUAAUGAAGAAAAGAGAUUUGAUUGCUGUGUCCCAUAAGCUGUAUCUUGUUUUUAUUUUGUAAACUUAUUUUUUGCUCAGUGCAUUCGUACCUCGACAACCGUAGUUGGAGCAAUUUUCGCUUCAUUUUUUCAUUAUUUAAUUUUAUUUUGGAGGUUGAAUUGAA